AUGAGGCUCCGAAAUGUCUCCUUCCUGACGGUCUUGUUGUUCGGGCUGUGCGGGCUGGUCUCCCUGUCCUGGUACACCGCCUUCAGCAGCUCCAGAGGAGAUGUGGUGGACAUCUACCAGAGGGAGUUCCUGGCGCUGAGAGAGCGCCUCCACUCGGCCGAGCAGGAGAACCUGCGGCGCUCCAAAGAGCUGAAUCUGGUCCUGGAGGAGAUCAAGAGGGCCAUCGCUGAGAAACAGGCGCUCAGAGACAUCAACCGUACCUGGAGCAGCCUCUCCGAGGAGACGAGGCUGAAACUGUGGAAUGUGAGCAGCAGUAAAAACGUCCUGCAGCUUCCCUCCAUCUUCCAUCACCUUCCUCACCUGCUGAACCGAGAGGACAGCCUGCAGCCGGCCGUGCACCUGGGACAGGGACGCACCGGAGUCUCCAUCGUGAUGGGGGUUCCCAGUGUGAAGAGGGAGGUCCACUCCUACCUGACCGACACUCUCAGCUCUCUGAUGUCAGAGCUCAGUCCGGCCGAGAAAGAGGAUUGCGUCAUCGUCGUGUUCAUCGCAGAGGCCGACCAGCAGUACGCCAGCAGUGUAGCAGACAACCUGAAGCGCCUUUUUCCAGCAGAGAUUCAGUCGGGUCUUCUGGAGGUCGUCUCCCCGUCCGUCCACUUCUACCCCGACUUCUCUAGACUCCGGGAGUCUUUCGGAGACCCCAAGGAGAGAGUAAGGUGGAGGACGAAGCAGAACCUGGACUACUGUUACCUGAUGAUGUACGCUCAGUCCAAAGGAACUUACUACGUCCAGCUGGAGGACGACAUCGUUGCUCGCCCUAACUUCUUCACCACCAUGAAGAACUUUGCGCUGCAGCAGCCGUCGGAGGAAUGGAUGAUCCUCGAGUUCUCUCAGCUCGGCUUCAUCGGGAAGAUGUUCAAGUCUCUGGACCUGUCUCUCAUCGUGGAGUUCAUGUUGAUGUUCUACAAAGACAAACCCAUCGACUGGCUGCUGGACCACAUCAUGUGGGUCAAGGUGUGCAACCCGGAGAAGGACGCGAAACACUGCGACCGGCAGAAAGCCAACCUGAGGAUCCGCUUCAAGCCGUCGCUCUUCCAGCACGUCGGCACACACUCGUCUCUGGCCGGAAAGAUCCAGAAACUCAAGGAUAAAGACUUUGGGAAACAGACCCUCCAUAAGGGUCACGCCAACCCGCUGGCGGAGGUGACGACCAGCCUGAAGACCUACCAGCACUUCACCCUGGAGAAAGCCUACCUGGGGGAGGACUUCUUUUGGGCCUUCACGCCUGUAGUGGGGGAUUUUAUACGGAUACGAUUCUUCACACCUGUCCGCAUCGAGAGGUAUUUCUUUCGGGGCGGGAACAUUGAACAUCCGGGAGACAAACUCUUCAACACAUCAGUGGAGGUUCUGCCAUUCGACAAUAUUCAGGCGGAGAAAGAGGCCUUGACGGAGGGGAGAGAGAAAACACCAAAGUACCAUCGGACAGAAGACGGAUUCAUCAGAAUAGGAACUUUCAAGAACGGGAUCGCGGAGGGCGAGGUGGACCCCACCUUCGGGCCCCUGGAGGCCAUGCGCCUCACGGUGCUGACGGACUCGCCGGUCUGGGUGAUCCUCAGCGAGAUCUUCAUAAAGAAAGCAGAGUGA